GAUACCAUCAUCUCCAGUGGUCCGGCGGCUGUACACAAAGUCAUUUCUGUUCGGCGUUUUUCCGGUAUAUAUUUCGCGAAACGGAACGAUUCGCGCGAGUAUCGAAAACCGGACCGGAGGUGUUUCCACGCAUUCUCGAUUGAAAGGAGUGCGUGAUAAUCGCGGCAAAUUAUUAUGAUAUACACGAAGAGCACUGGAUAAAAAACGCUAUUUAGCAACGAGGAACCCCCAAAAAAACUCAAGUAAAAACGCAAGAUGCUUUCGAUGUUGCCCGCUUAAGUACACGGUGAUAAAAAUGUUACCUGCUUUAAUUAUCUUGAUUCUUUCGGUGCAAAUCUCCUACAGCAAUCCCGACGCGAAGAGACUUUAUGACGAUCUACUCUCAAAUUAUAAUCGUCUGAUUCGACCUGUGUUCAACAAUACCGACACGGUCGUUGUGAAAUUGGGUCUCCGUCUCUCGCAGUUGAUAGAUCUUAAUUUAAAAGAUCAGAUUCUUACGACGAACGUUUGGUUGGAGCACGAAUGGCAGGAUCAUAAGUUUCAGUGGGAUCCGACGGAAUAUGGAGGUGUCACUGAACUCUACGUGCCCAGCGAGCAUAUAUGGCUGCCCGAUAUCGUGCUUUACAACAAUGCGGACGGAGAAUACGGCGUAACAACAAUGACCAAGGCUGUUCUGCAUUACACCGGCAGAGUCGUUUGGACUCCUCCGGCAAUUUUCAAAUCUUCCUGCGAAAUAGACGUUAGAUACUUUCCUUUCGACCAACAAAUUUGUUUCAUGAAAUUCGGCUCAUGGACGUACGACGGUUUUCAAAUCGACUUGAAGCACAUUAAUCAAAAUGUAAGCGACAAGGUCGACGUGGGUAUUGACCUGCGAGAAUAUUAUCUCAGUGUUGAAUGGGAUAUAAUGGACGUACCCGCGGAACGUCACAGGAAAUAUUAUCCAUGCUGUCUCGAGCCGUAUCCUGACAUAUUUUUUAAUAUAACUUUGCGUCGAAAGACAUUGUUCUACACGGUGAAUCUCAUAGUUCCGUGCGUCAGUAUUUCUUAUCUGUCGGUGUUGGCGUUUUACCUGCCGGCCGAUUCAGGAGAAAAGAUCGCGCUUUGCAUCAACAUUCUACUAUCUCAAACUAUGUUCUUUCUGUUGAUAUCGGAGAUUAUACCAUCAACGUCGUUAGCGUUGCCGUUACUUGGCAAGUAUCUACUUUUCACGAUGGUUCUAGUCGGACUGUCGGUUGUGGCUACGAUAGCUAUCCUAAACUUACAUUACCGCAAACCGAGCACUCACAAAAUGAGUCCUUGGUUGAGAAAGUUUUUCAUCAGACGAUUACCAAAAUUACUUCUGAUGCGAGUACCCGAGGAUCUCCUAAUCGAUCUCGCUGCUCAUAAAAUUAGCACAAGAAAGUCGCAAAAAAAGAGCAAGUUCGAUGCCGCUAUCGCUGCCGCGUCGUCGUCAAUACUGUCUUCUCCGGAUUCUGCCCGACAUCAACAAAUCGAUGGUUGCAACGGUUUGUACAGAACAACUGCCCAGAAUCGAUUUCUUAGCAGAUUAGUUUACAACGGUCUUCCAACUGUCAUGUCCGAUUUGGAUGAGUCACUGAGCGAUGUAACUCCAAAAAAGAAAUAUCCUUUCGAGCUGGAAAAAGCUAUACACAAUAUAAUGUUCAUCAAGCAUCACAUACAGCGUCAAGACGAAUAUAACGCGGAGGAUCAAGAUUGGGCCUUUGUCGCCAUGGUUCUCGACCGUCUUUUUCUGUGGAUAUUUUCAAUAGCCUCUAUAGCCGGAACCUUCAUGAUCUUGUGCGAAGCCCCGGCUCUUUAUGACGACACAAAACCGAUUGAUGUGGUAUACUCCAAAGUUGCUCAACAACAAUUCCGACUGCAUGGAUUUGGUCCGGACAUUCCGGAGAACAAUACAACAGAUCUGUAGAUCGUCUUCUUACUCCGAAGUGAUAAGACAUAAUAAAAAUGACUCUAUUACAAUCUCUCUUUGAGAAAUAUUUCAGAUUUUUCUUUUGAAUGUCUUUCAGACGAUCUUUCUAGAUGAUUUUUUGAAUAAACUUUUUAAUAUACAUAUGCAUGUUUCUUCUAGAAUAGUUAUUACUCAAUGGGGGUAAGAGAUCUCGCUAGACCCGUAAAAAACAUCUAUGUAUUUCUACUUAUUAUGAUAAUCGUACAAAGAAAUGCAGCGAGCAUAUCUUUUCGACAAAUAACACAAAGUUUUGAUAAUUAUCAAGAUAAGAGUGGCAAUUUUGAAUAACAUCUCCUAGACAGAUCUAAUCAAAUUACAAAAUAUAUCAACAUGUGUCAUUCCAGUUUUUAUCUCCCUUACACGUUUGUUCCGAUGAGAUGAAAUUUUGACUCAAACAACGACUUGAAUAGAUCUGCUUUAGAGAUGUUCAAAGUCUGUCCUCUUAUCGAGAAGUUUCCGCAGUUUUAGGAACUGAUUAAAUAUAGAUUGUUAAUGUAAUUAUACAAGGAAAUGAAACAAUUUGCUGUGAUUUUCCUUAUGUAACAAAUAAGUGAUGAUUUGCAACGUACUUAUAUUCACGAAAAACAUUUUCCUUGUAUGUAUAUCGUAUACGCGAAUAGCGCAUCAAUGUUUUUUGAAAAUUAAUUAACGUUCAUAAUAUGUAACAAUGAAACUUGUGAUACACACUUAUAUAUAAAAUUGUAAAAUUGUUUGUAAAAUGUUUGGUAACGUUGUGCGCGCGCAUGUGUGUGACUAACACGGAUGCAUUAACAAUAGUAGUUUGUUCACUACAUUACAACACAGUAGUUUAUAUAUUCAAACUACAUUACGACUACAUCAAAUUAACUAUAAGAACGUUUUAUGCUUCAAUUAUUGUCUCUUUGACGAUUCAUAUAUAUAUAUAUCAUAAAUUUCUCUAUAAACUCUUUCAUCACAUAUCUGUAUGAAGCUUGUUGUUUGUUGAUAUACUUUUUUGUACGAAGUGGAAACAUUUAUGUUUCUUCUCGUACAUUCCGAUUUUAUAGGAGCAGUUUCAUAUAGUGUUAACAAAAAAAUAAAGAUUUCAAAUCAAAUCUAUCUUUUAAAUUCGAUUUCACAAAUUCCUUCUUCUUAAUGAUCGAUUUAGA